AUGAAUCCAAAUGUAUAUUGUCACGAUCAGUAUGAGAAUCCAUACUAUCUGCAUAAUACAUAUCAUCCUGGCCUCGUUCUGGUUUCUGAUCGAUUGAAUACCGCAUCGGAGUUUCACUCUUGGAGGAGAUAUGUUCGUAUGGCGUUGAAUGUUCGCAACAAGUUAGGCUUCAUUGAUGGUACGAUUCCUCGUCCUCCUCUUACUCAUAGAGAUUAUAGCGUGUGGUCUCGUUGCAAUGACAUUGUCGCGACUUGGUUGAUGAAUUCUGUUUCUAAGAAAAUUGGACAGAGUCUCUUGUUCAUCUCCAUGGCUGAAGGGAUUUGGAACAACUUGAUCUCACGUUUUAAGCAGGAUGAUGCUUCCAGGGUUUAUGAUUUUGAGCAGAGAUUGAGUAAGAUAGAACAAGGUUCAAUGGACGUUUACUUACUAUACUGA